AACCCGCUUCCACAGCUUCUGCAAACUCCAUCAGGACUUGCUCUUCUCGAAUUGCAAGGCACAAUCAAUCUGCCAAGCCAGGAUGAAGAAGAUACCCGUUUCGUCUCGAAGAAUGGAGAAGCUAUAUCAAAGGAGACUCCCAUAGGACGCCUUGUCUUUCCAGACUACGAUCCACAGAAUGCCAGCGGUACAGCUUGGAUGAAGCGUGUAUACAUGUAUGUGGGGAAGCAUCAAAGACUCACUGGUGAAGUGAAGAAGCUGUCGAAAGCUUUAGCUGUGAUUCGGAAGAGGAAGAAUGAGUCUGCAGACCCAAUGGAAGUUGAUGGAGAUGAUGAGGAAAGAAUCGACGAGUUGGAAGUGGUGGAAAUUGUGAAGUACAAGAUUCUGUUCUCGACAAGACCGGAACCUGUU